AUGAUCUUUGAAGAUACAGAAUACACAGCAAUAAGCCCUGCAACCCCGGGUUUUUUCGAUCUGGAAGGUGUUGAUCAUCACGGUGGACUGCAAACGCAGCACGAGGAACAGAAGGACGCUCCCGGAGCAGGAACGGACGUUUUCGAGCUUAUUUCGGCUGGAUCCAGCUUCGAAGCCUCGCUUCUGGGUGCAGACUUGGACCAGAGCAUAGAUACGCAACAAGAAGAGCCAGAUGAGGACGAAGGUUUGCUCGAUUUCGAACUCCCGUUGAAUUUCCACCACAGUAGUAGCACCAGCAAUCUGGAAACUACAAGUGUUCCGCACAAUCUCGAGUUUGUCGACCACAACACGGGCGUUCGUCGGAUGUCAGUGACCAAAAGACCAUCUCUAGCGUCUCGUUUUUCAGAGAGCAGGUUGUCGGACCACAACAACAACAACAAUAACAAUAACAAAAACCUAGCGAAUAGGCCCCAGCCAGUGCGGCGGAGAAGUAACCCUUUCUAUUUCCCAUCCAAACACAUCAAAAACAUGAUUUCAAAGGAAAAACAACGGUUACACACGUCUCGCAAGACUCAAGCCGUUGGCAAAGAUGGCUCAUGCGAUUCGUCGUCCUCGCAGGGCCCGCAACAUAACAAACCAAUCCUCGAAAGGCGACAAACAGUGCUUUGA